UGAAGAAAUACUUCAUGAACAGAAUUAACGUAUGAUUUCAGAAAAAAGGGUGUAAAUGUAAGAAAUGAAGCUGCUGGGUCAAAUGUUUACAACAAAAAUAAGUCCCAAUUUGGAGACUGCCUCAAGACUGCUGAUGAGUCCUCUUGGUCAGGCGGUAAUUUCUUUUUUGCUGGGCUACUUUGCCACCACAAAGUUGUCACAGAUUUUUAGCAAGCUCAAACAAUAUUCAGACAAAUUCCUGGCGUCUGGAAAGGAUACAAAAGUAAACCCUGAGGAUGACAGUGAACUCUUGCCCAGACGAAAUGAGGUUGUGUUACUAAGCCUAGGGGAACUAACUGCUUUUGAUGGCAUGAGAAACGAUCAACCUAUUUAUACCGCCUUGAAUGGUUUGAUAUAUGAUCUGAGUCCGGGGCGUGAAAAGUUCCUCAGCCACGGACCCUACUCCUUUUUAGCCGGUUGCAAUGCCAAUAAGGUCCUGAAUAUUGCCUGCAAUUCCAUGGGCGUUUGUGCUGCUGAUGUAAUAAAUCGCUGGGAGCAGAGCCUCAAGGCUGAAUUCAAUAUCGUAGGUUACCUGAUUGAUGCUGAUAUAGAGAAUACAAACGAGCUUCUGGAGAGCGAUGAUGAGUCGACAAUUUUGGAUGAAACGGAGCAGUCUGAGUGCAUUUAAGUGUCCCUUUACUUUAGUUUGGCAAUAAAAUAGUUUUGAAUUA